AUGGUACCUAAUCCAGAUCACGACGGGAUUCAAAUGCGGCCACAGCGUCUGAGCACUCCAACUUCGGAUGAUGUUGCACUUCAGCAGGAUACGCAUCAGCGUAGUGCUGAGUUGCCUGAUAGUGACGAUGAUGAUGGUGCAGACUUCUCCAUGCGCAGAAGGAGUGUCGGCGAGUACAUGUUGCCCAAUAUGCUUGACUUGUCUCUGCGAGUACUGUACCAGCAUACAUCAGAUGGAGGAGUCCCACGACCGCCCACUCCACCAUGUCAAGAAGAUGAAGAGUGUCGUCCGCGAGACCACGGCAAUGAUACGUCUCAUCCAUACGAAUCAUUGUCAGUGGGAACGCCGCGUCGACCUGGGAAUGUCCAUCUUCAGCCGAGGUAUGCAUCAGGCUCUAUUCUUGCGCCUAGUGCAACCCAGAAUCAAAUUGAUGAUGCUGACCUGUCUGCACGAUUACCUUCUGUUGUCGAGCCAGAGUUGCAAAGCGAGACUGGUCCGUCCCAGGCAGUCCAAUCACAACCAGAUAAAUCUCACGAAGCACUUGUCCAGAACCGUUCGACAUAUGAUGUGGUCGGCCGUCCUGACAAGCCAGUUGGGCCCAGGAAAACAAAGCUCAAGGCACACAUGUCCAUUGAAGAGGAGACUUUGGUCAAGCAAGAAAUCUACCGACAGAAGGGCGAACGGAAGAGGCAACAAAUCCAAGAGAGGCAAAAGCAGAAAGCGGAAGCCAUGGCUGCAGAAGCUCUUUCCGAAGAAGACCGGACCGAUGUAGCAGAGUCGACGUCAACGUCAGAUGACGAGCAGCAGGAGAAUCUUGGGGUGCAGAGUACCUUUGAAGAUUGUCCGCUUCCGACACGGACACCUUAUCGGUGGGAAGGAGGCGGCAUGCUCAUGUAUUCCUCCAGAGCUGGAACUUCCCUAGGUGGCUACAGAUCGCAGGCUCCACUCCAAGACGGCACCGCAGUGUCCUCGUACUACGAUACCCAACACGACCACCACUAUCCCAGCGCCCACGUCCCCAAUACCACCCAUCAAAGAACCCCCUACAUCUGCGCCUUCCCCCUCUUCACCCCCACUCCCCCUCUGGCACCCACCCACCAGCCUUUGUACGCAAACCCCACCCCCCCACAUCACCACCCAUACUUCAACCUCGCCGCAGAACCCAUCCCAACCGACUACCCAGACUACAAACACGACAUCACCCUCUACGCCCUCAAUCCCGCACACAACUUCCCCUACGCCCAAUCCUUCCUCGACGCCCUCCUCUCCACCACCCUAAAAGCGUAUAAAUGGCACGCCCACUCCUCGCGCGGCUUCAUCCAACACGGCACCCACCUCUCCCUGCUCGUCUUGCACAACGCUGCAAACCCUUUUUCAGACGCCACAGUUUCCCCUUUCUCUUCCCCAUUCAGUCCCACAACUCCACCACCAACAACAACAACAACCAUAGGCGUCUACGGCCGCUACUGGUACACACACCAGGAUAUCCACUGGAUCACACUCUCGCCAUCAAUCCCGCACAUUCUCCACCUCGCACAAUCAUCUGGCCUCCUAGCCCACGCACACACUUGGUCGUGUAGCGACACGCACCCCGCCCGCCGCCGGUUUCACCGCGCGUAUUGGCUUGCAGCGCGGGGAUAUUGA